AUGUCUGCCUCCCAUGACUCCCAUCCCGAGUUCAACAUUUCCCAGGAGCUUGGCUUGUCUGAUGGGGAGAAGCAAGAGGCUCCCGAUGGUACCGCAGCGCAUUCGCCUGCGUCUCAGUCUAGAGCCUGCCAUGGAGAGGAACGGCGGAAGGAAGAGGGAGCCGAUGGGGCGGCUGAUGGACGGGCCGAUGGCAAGGUAGAGUUGAAGGAGAGUGACUGUUAUGAUAAAUUGGGGUUCUCCUAUCCAUCGUGGAAGAAAUGGACAAUCUUGACGGCCGUUGUCAUGGUUCAGAUUUCCAUGAACUUCAAUGCCAGUUUCUACGCCAGCGGUAUCACUCCGAUUGCUAAACACUUUCGCAUUGCAAAACAAGCCGCAAGAGUGGGUCAAAUGGACUUCCUCAUUGCGUACGGAUUCGGUAGCGAGUUCUGGGCUCCCUGGAGUGAAGAGUAUGGGAGAUGGCCCGUCAUGCAACUCAGUUUGCUCUUUGUGAACAUAUGGCAGAUACCAUGUGCCCUGGCUCCUAAUUUUGGCACCAUCGUGGUCUGUCGUGCGUUGGGUGGUCUGUCAUCUGCCGGUGGCUCUGUGACACUCGGUAUGGUUGCGGAUAUGUGGGAACCAGAUCGGCAACAGUACGCUGUGGCGUACAUUGUCUUUGCAUCGGUAGCAGGAUCAGUCGUGGCACCCAUUGUCGGAGGCUUCGUAACGACUUUUCUGAGCUGGCAUUGGAACUUCUGGCUCCAGCUCAUCCUGGGUGGCUUCGUCCAAGCCGUGCACUUUUGGGUGCCGGAAACGCGCUGCAGCAUUCUCGUGACGAGAGAAGCUAGAAAGAGACGCAAGCAGGGAGAGGAGGUGUACAGUGGUGACGAGCUCAAAGGCAAACGGGUUGACCUCAAGUACUUUGCGACUCUCUGGGCUCGUCCGUUCGUCAUGUUCGUCCGGGAGCCGAUUGUGCUAUGGCUUUCCCUCCUCAGUGGGUUCAGUGACGCCUUGAUCUUCACUUUCCUGCAAUCCUACGAACCUGUCUACAAGCAGUGGAAUUUCAAUACCAUCACAAUCGGGUUGGCCUUCAUUCCGAUCAUGAUUGGAUACUUUCUGGCUUGGUUCUCCUUUCUGCCCUGGAUUCAUCGCCACUGCCGUGUGCUUGAACGAGAUCCUGACGCGCUCCAGCCCGAAGUCCGUCUAUACUGGCUACUAUGGGUUGCUCCACUCUUGACGAUUGGUCUUUUUGGCUUCGCAUGGACCAGUCUAGGUCCGAAGCACAACGUCCACUGGAUAGCGCCGAUGAUAUUUUCCGCCUGCAUUGCGAUAGCGAAUUAUUCCAUCUAUAUGGCCACAAUCGACUACAUGAUUGCCUCCUACGGACCCUAUUCCGCCUCAGCAACCGGGGGCAAUGCCCUAGCACGAGACUUCCUGGCAGGCAUCGCAGCCAUGUAUUCCGUUCCAAUGUACAAAUACAUGAGCAAAUCACUCCCCCUGGAAUGGCCUUCCACCCUCCUCGGCUUCCUAUCCAUCAUCUUCAUCACCCCGAUCUACAUCUUCUAUUGGAACGGACCUAAGAUCCGUGAAAGGUCCAAAUUCGCCCAGAUUCUCGCGUCCGACAGGAAGAAGGCCGGACGCCGGGUCUCUCAAUGCGGCUCUGGCGAUGCCGGUCCCGAGGAGUACUACUUUGAUCCAUGA